GUUUGACUGGCUAUUGGAUGGGCCGUGGCAGCUUGACAGGCGACAGGUACUCGAGUGUCCAGCGAGUGCACGAUCAGCAACAUGCGUACGUCCACCGUCUGCCUCCUACUGUCUGCCCUUAUUGUGCUGACUGACCAGAAAGGGCAUCCCAAUAACCACCCCGAAGUCCACCAUGGCGGCCAGCAACAGACACCUCCGGUCACUGAGAGCGUCGUGGACCAAAUCAACGAGGUGAUCCUCAAAUACAACCCGGCGAUGUGUCAACACAUCCAUGGCCUCCACUGUGACGCCUUGCCGGCUGAUAGUAAAGUGUGCGGCUCUAAUAGCGAAACAUACGAGAGUCACUGCAAGUUUGCACAAGCUCGCUGCAAACAUCAUGACGUUGAUUUCGUCAAGUAUGGUGCCUGCGACCCCAUCACAUCAGCGCCACACACAACUCCCCCUUCACCCAGCACAAAGGACCAGGGGCUGCUUGUCACCUCACAGACGAUCCCCCCGUCAAACAAGGUCACAACAACCACUCCUACUGUGACAACCACGACAUCGAACACCAUCACCUGGGGUCACGAUCCUAGUCUUGACCUCAUCAAAGAAGUGUUUUGCAGGAAUAUCGAUGCAAUUAGCUGUGGCAAUCGAGUUGAUAGUGACAUAUGUGGCUCUGACGGGAAGGUCUACACCAAUAUGUGUAUGUUCAGCAAGGUGGCGUGCUUCAAGCCUGGCCUGGAGGUGGUGAACUGUGGAGGACAUGGACUUCCCGUCAUCACCACGACACAGAACCCUGUCCCCCUGCUCGGAUAAACACAAUUGAAAAUUCUGUUAUUCGAAAUAAAAUACUUUAUCUGA